AUGGAUGUCGAGAAGCGAAGAUUAAGCAAAGAAACAAGUGAGAAGGAGGAGAAGAGAAAGGAGGAAAACGUUGUGAAGUAUCAAGAGAUGGAGACGUUUGGGGAAGAUGCGAUGCCACGUGAUCGUACAAGUCUCGAGAUCGAAAAUAGACGAUUAUAUGAUCUCGAACGUAUGAUUGAACUCGAGAUAGCACCAGAUUUUGUAUCAAGUUGUGAGAUUUUAGAAUCAAUACGUCAAAUAGAAAUCAAGAAAGCUCAAGCAGCAAAAAUUCGACGAAAUGAUGCUGCAAAAAAAGUGUACGACUAUGUAAGUACAAAAGCGGCGGCAUCGUACAUUUUUCGUUGUCAGGAAUUAAAAAGGAAAAUGACUCAAGAAUUUCAACAAGAAGUACAUCGACUUCAAACAGCGAAAGAUGGUGUAAGUGUCAUGAAUCGUCGACGUCGAACUGUACGAAGUGACACUUCAAUCCGACGUCGACGUAUCUCUACAAUUGAAAAAACAUCAACUGAAGAAAUGGAUGAAAAAAAACAAAUGGAACAAUUUUUCAGUCGUUCAUCCAUUUUUCAACCAUUGAAUGUUCAAUUAACAUUUCAAGAACAACAAGAAGAUUUCAAAACAAUUGAAAAAACAAUUGAAAAUCGAAAGAAACGAUCGAAACGACGAAUUUAUACACGUCGUUUUCCUUCUUUUCAAUCACUACAAUCGUCAAAAACAACGACACAAUGGCAUCGAUUACAUUAUAAUCCUCAAAUGUUACAAGAAGGACAAGAAGUUCAAGUAUUUCAACGUCAAUGGAGUUCAAAAGUGAAUGAUAAAUCAGAUCCAUGUGUAUUGUCGGGUAUUCUCACAGCAAUUACACGUACACACGUUUACAUUCUUGCACCUACUGGUCGAUUUGAAUCUUUUCAUGUUCGGGAUUGUCUUCUUGGUACAUUAUACGUCCAUGCACUUGAAAACUAA